AUGGAUGAUGUGUUAAUUACCGGCGUGACGCCGGAGCAGCAUAAUCAACGUUUGGAGGAAGUGUUUAGGAGAAUUUGUGACAAAGGCUUGAGAGCCAGUAAGGAGAAAAGUGUUCUGGGGGUAAUGGAAGUUGAAUAUUUGGGUCAUCGAAUUAAUGGAAUUGAGGUAAAACCUUUGGAUAAAAAUUUGAGAAAUAUAUCGAACAUGAAACGGCCCGACAAUAAGGCCGAGUUGCAGUCUUUUUUGGGUAUGGUCAAUUAUUACCAUAGGUUUGUGGAAGAUUUUGCAAAGGUCGCGGCGCCGUUAUAUGAUUUAUUGAAAAAAGGAAUUCAUUUUGAGUGGAAGGAUGUACAGCAAAUUGCUUUUGAAAUUUUAAAGGAAAAAAUUGGAAAGGAGCCGGUUUUGGUGUGA